GUAGAAAAGAGAACUGGAAGCCAGAGAGCGGAGCAUACUGGCUACAGCUGAGAACUCGGGAUGCUGCUGCUCGCUGCACUGCUCUGUACUCCUCUACUGGCGACAGGAGGCCACGUGGAAUGCAACUGCAGUGCGACGCUGUGUGGAUGCCUUGUGGACGGUGCCAGCAGAGGGGACAACAUCUGCAGCCACUCUCCAGAGGCCACACACUGCAGCGAAGUCCGUCUGGCAGGCGAAGGUGGCGACGUCGUCCGUCUUAACAAAAGUAGCGGUUUUCAGCCGGACUGUUUGUGCCAUAUGGAAUUCUGCGCUUGCAUUGGGAUGCAACCGACAAAGUACGACCAGAUAUGUCUGCACUCUUCCAAAAACACAGUCUGCAAUCCACUCCAGCCAACAGGCAGCAAUUUGAGUCGUCAAAUUUCAGAUACAGAAUAG